CUGAGCAGCUGAUGACGCUGGCGUACGAGAACGGUAUCAAUCUGUUUGACACAGCCGAGGUGUAUGCGGCAGGGAAGGCUGAAAUGGUUCUCGGCAGUAUCAUCAAGAAGAAAGGAUGGAGACGUUCCAGUUUGGUCAUCACCACCAAGAUAUACUGGGGUGGAAAAGCAGAAACAGAGAGAGGCUUGUCUAGAAAACACAUAAUAGAGGGUCUAAGGGCGUCACUGGAGAGACUUCAGUUAGAGUAUGUGGACGUAGUGUUUGCUAACAGACCCGACCCCAACACACCAAUGGAAGGAGAUCCAUUUAACACUUCAAAAUCAAGAACAUUCAUCAUAGAAGAGACGGUCCGAGCGAUGACCCAUGUGAUUAACCAGGGAAUGGCCAUGUAUUGGGGCACGUCCCGCUGGAGCUCCAUGGAGAUCAUGGAGGCAUACUCAGUGGCACGACAGUUUAACCUGAUCCCACCUGUCUGUGAGCAGGCCGAAUAUCACAUGUUUCAGAGAGAGAAGGUGGAAGUACAGCUGCCUGAACUCUUCCAUAAGAUAGGUGUGGGCGCCAUGACGUGGUCUCCGCUGGCGUGUGGGAUCAUCUCAGGAAAGUAUGACAGCGGUGUGCCUCCUUAUUCCAGAGCCUCCCUCAAGGGCUACCAGUGGUUGAAGGACAAGAUCCUGAGUGAGGAAGGCCGCCGUCAGCAGGCAAAGCUGAAAGAGUUGCAGGCCAUUGCGGAGCGGCUGGGCUGCACGCUGCCCCAGCUGGCCAUCGCGUGGUGUCUGAGGAAUGAGGGGGUGAGCUGUGUGCUGCUGGGGGCCUCCAGCACUGUACAGCUGAUGGAGAACAUAGGAGCCAUUCAGGUUCUUCCAAAAUUAUCAUCAUCAAUUAUACAUGAAAUGGACAGUAUCCUAGGCAACAAGCCCUACAGUAAAAAGGACUACCGGUCUUAAAAGGAAAGCCAGUGACACUGGGUCAACCUGCUUAUUUCUCUGAGCUUUGACUGAAAAAACAUUGGCUCAUGGGACCAGCACUGUCACAGGUCCUGCAGGAGAAGCCUACUCACACACUACUUGAAGUCUGCCGACAUUAGCCUGAGAGGAGGCCAAGAACCGCACGGGCAGAAGGGAAGCAUGCUCGCAUACAAAUCAGCUAGGCCGGCUCAAUAAGCAGAACGCCGCUCCAACCACCAAGAAACCACCGGCUCACUUCCUCCUCCCCUUUGUCCCCUUGUAGUAAACACUAAGAAGUGCCGUAUUAGAGAUCCAGAAUUUGUACUUACUCUAGAAAUGCAUGAGAUCUGGCCAUGGCACUUGCUUUUUUCCUACAUGUUGGAAAACAAAUACAUUUGCGUAAGCUCGCAGAACGUAAUGAAGCUGAUGAAGCACUUUGGUGAAUGCAGAAAGUUACAUGACUGAACAAACUAAAUAAGGCAUUUGAUGUUACUCAUCUCUGGUUUUAUAUCAAAAUUGUUAGCCAAUCUAGUGCUUGUUUACAAGACUUAAUUUAUACUACAAGCUAUAUCAAUUCUGGCUGUGUUUUAGUUCUAAACAUAGAAAGGGGAAGCCAUCUGAGUUACACAUAAUAAUGUAUAAAGACUGUCCGAAAUAUUAAAUAGAGAUCAAAAACAGGCCUCAACAAAUGUGCAAUAUCAGAAAGUGUUUAACUCAUUGAUCUUUUUACUUUUAAAACCUUUUCUAAGAAGCAAAUGACCUAAAACAGUGUAGACACAGUAGUUGAGUGGUGGUCUGUGCUCAUUUGUCAUCGCUUCGUCGGGCUGAAACCAAAGAAAUUUCUGUGCUCGAUCUGCCCUGCUGUUACCUUCAAACCACUUGACCACGUGACCUAUUGUUUAAAAUGUUAUUUGGAACUCCUCAUGUUUUAUGCCUGAAUGUUGUGUACUUUAAGUCGUUUUCAAUGUAUGUGGAAAUCUCUGUUAUUAUUUCUUUAUUUUAACAGUUUUCAGAAUAAUUUUGAGACAAGCCUGUCUUUUUUGAAGGCAUUAAGGUGUUAUACUAUUUGUUGUUAUUUGUCAGUUUACCUUGUCAUGUUUAAUGUUUGUUGUCCUCGUUGUAUCUGUUGUGUGCGUCUUAACUACGAUUUUUUUUUUCGUCCAAUGGCGCCCUCUACUGGCUCGCUCCAAAUUAGCCUACUACAUUAAAUUUUACAUUACUCAUUCGAAAAAGGCUUUAAAUUAACUGUUGCUUUUGAUUAAUGAUAAUUUACAAUAAUAUUUGCAAGGCAGUGGAUCUUUUCUUCUUAGUGCAAUUUAUUUUCCAUGAAACAUAAUUCCAGAUGUGUCUAUAAAAGUGGUAAAUCAUAUCUUGGACAUUUUCAAACGAGUAAGCCAGUGAUUAGGACAGUGGUAAUUUGCUGUCUAGAUUAUAUUCCUUAUUUAGUACUAAUGCAAAAUAUUCAGUGCUUGCAACCAUUUGUUUAGCAUGUUUCAUCUGUACCAGUAUGUGUAUGCAUUAUGGCUUUUUAAAACCAUCAGUGGUGAAUGGAGAGCAUAACCUGGUGGGAGUGACAGAUUCUUUAUGGAGUAAUUUAUAUGUGAUCAUAGUUAUUAACUUUAAAAUAAAUGCCAAAAUAAAUUCACAACAUAUCAAGGCAGUUCAACAUAUUCUGACACUCAUUUCAAUAUGAAUGGACUUUUUACUGAAUUUAUGUAUUAAAGAGUUGCAAUACAGUUGGCUGCGUGUACAUAGUAAUGAAUUUUAAUAAUGGCCUAUUAUUUUAGUGUAGAACAAUGCUUAUGCUUGGCUGGGUAUGAAAGUGUUGACCUGUAGUUGGAAUGUAAUGCAUCUUAUAAGGGUUUUGAUUGUUGUCUGAGCUACAUCCUGUCUUAAGAGAGAAAAUGCGUCAAACAUACUGUUUAACAAGAAAAAAUCAGAGAGAUUAUUCAUAAUAUUCGUAAGGCUUUUUGAAGUAGCACUUUAACCAAAGACCACAGGAUCUUAUAGAAGUGGAAGGCGUUACUUCAGUUGCCUUUAGCUGAGGGUCAUAGUAAAUGUCCUUAUAUUUGUCAUUUUUUAUGUUGAGUCAGGCUGCAUCUAUCGUUUAAGAUGUUAGUGGUUUGUUUUUGCUCAGGAAGUCAUAAUAUGUAGUCAGUAAUUAGAUGGUAAAAUUGAACCAGUUUAGUCAUGUGGAGGAUAAACAUCAUUGAAUGAGAAAUUGUUGGUGUACAGUCCCCCUCCUCCCCUGCAAAGACAGAGGUUGUUGAUGAAGGAGCCUAAGUUGAAUACUUUGCUGUAAAAUUAUUUUUAAAAAAAUAGUCCAAUAUUGUCAACAGGAGUAACUGUAUGUACAGGAAAUCUGAUGUUUUGAAGCUGAUUUGAUAAGAUUACUGUUUUUUGGUAUAACCUAUAAUUCUGACAUUUGUUAACUGUACAAUGACCAUUACUGUUACAGAUAUGCAUUAAGUUAUGUUGAUUUCUGUAGAUACAUAAUGGAAUGGUUUGAUAACAUGUAUAUAAUCUAAAUAUAUAC